UUGUGUUAUAAAUUUGAAUUAACCGCUUUGCUUGUGACCGGCUAACCAGGUCCGGCUAGAUUUCCUAACAUUUACUACCGUCGAUAAGAUGGGAAGCUUCGUUGUUUAAAGGCGAUAUUGUGGAGGUUCAGCCAAACCUGUUCAACCUAGAUGAGAAAGAUGUUGUUUAACAGGUCGAGUUCUGCUUAGAGGUAUAUUUUGAGAACAUGGGAUUACCUUUCGUGUUACUGCUGCUGGUUGGGACAGCUACCUGUUCUAUCAAGUUCGACGCCCCCUUAGACUACAACCUAUUUUUCUGGCAAGGAUUCAACUCCUUACAAUACAACUUGGACAUUCGUAUCCCACGUGACUCCCGCAGAUUUACGAUUGAGUUCUGCACUAAUGUGCUCUGUACCAUGGACAAAGUGCUUCACUUCAGGGCGCGGUUCGAUAAACAGCACGUGGCCAGGUCGCAUCGGCUGAAAGGAAAAUGGAGUUCGGAGAACACAAGUGGAGUGAUGCCUUUUGAGAGAGGGGGCGAAUUCUCCAUGAAAAUUAUCACCGGGCAGUCUAGAUUUGAGAUCUACAUUGACGACGUAUUAUUCUGCCAGUAUAAUAGCGUUUUUUAUAGAGAAGCGCAAUAUGUUAUGAAGAUUUCUGGAAAAGUGGAGAUUACACAUUGGACUGAAUUUGUGGAUAAAUCAAUGUUAAGUCCCCUCACUAUCUACUGGGGAUUUAAGCGCUACCCCAUAGCCGGUGAUAGACUACAAAUUGAUAUUCUAUUGGCUGCCAACUGGAAAAGUUUGGGAAAAUUUCACCUGGAUCUGAAAAAAAUGAAUGGCCGGCUUUGGGACAGUCAAAUUAUCUGUGAAUUUUCCUGGCCUUCGUCGACAUUCACACUCAAGUGUAUGGAUGAAAAUCCGUGUACCCCAGGCGUAACCACAGUCACCUUGGAAGCCAGCAAGUGGUUCACGAUAUCGAUUAACUUUUCCCUUAACAGCAUGGUAAAGGCAAGACGCACGGGCUAUUCAAUAUUAAUGAGUAAUUUUAUACAGGGCAAUGGUCGAAUGGGUGAUGGUCAACAGGGGAAUGGCUAA